AAGACUUCCGUAAGUCGGAGGCGAGGCUUCCGGCCGUCAGGGGAGGCUGGCGGAGAGCUGAGGCUCCUGCAUCUCUGGACUCUGGGGCGUGCCAUGGCGGUUAACCUGAGCCGGAACGGGCCGGCGCUACAGGAGGCCUACGUGCGCGUGGUCACCGAGAAGUCCCCGACCGACUGGGCUCUUUUUACUUAUGAAGGCAACAGCAAUGACAUCCGUGUGGCUGGCACAGGGGAGGGUGGCCUGGAGGAGCUGGUGGAGGAGCUCAACAGCGGGAAGGUGAUGUAUGCCUUCUGCAGGGUGAAGGAUCCCAACUCCGGCCUGCCCAAGUUUGUCCUCAUCAACUGGACGGGCGAGGGUGUGAAUGAUGUGCGGAAGGGAGCAUGCGCCAACCAUGUCAGCACCAUGGCCAACUUCCUGAAGGGCGCUCAUGUGACCAUCAAUGCACGAGCUGAGGAGGACGUGGAGCCUGAGUGUAUCAUGGAGAAGGUUGCCAAGGCCUCUGGGGCCAACUACAGCUUCCACAGGGAAAGCAGCCGCUUCCAGGAUGCAGGGCCUCAGGCUCCAGUGGGCUCUGUGUACCAGAAGACCAAUGCCAUAUCUGAAAUCAAGAGAGUUGGCAAAGAUAGUUUCUGGGCCAAAGCUGAGAAAGAAGAGGAGAACCGUCGCCUGGAGGAGAAGAGACGGGCUGAAGAGGAGCAUCAGCGGCUGGAAGAGGAGCGUCGUGAGCGAGAGCUGCAGGAGGCUGCCCGCCGGGAGCAGCGCUACCAGGAGCAGCACAGCAUGUCAGGGCCUCUGAGCAGGAUGUGUGAACAACAGCAAGACGUGGUUUCAAGGAACAAACAGGAAUGGGAGUCUGCUGGUCAUCAGGCCACACAUCCACGGGAGAUUUUCAAGCAGAAGGAGAGAGCUAUGUCUACCACCUCUGUCUCAGGCUCUCAGCCAGGCAAGCUGAGGAGCCCCUUCCUGCAGAAGCAGCUCACUCAACCAGAGGCCUCCUAUGGCAGAGAGCCAACUCCCGCCGCCUCAAGGCCUAGAACAGGCGUCUAUGAGGAGCCAGAGCCCAGCACUCUGUCCUCAGCACAGGCAGAAGAAGCCACAUAUGAAGAGCCUCCAGAGCAGGACACCCUCUAUGAGGAACCUCCACUGGUACAGCAGCAGAGUGCUGGCUCUGAGCACGUUGACCACUACAUGCAGGGCCAGGGGCUCAGUGGGCAAGGGCUAUGUGCCCGGGCUUUGUAUGACUACCAGGCAGCUGAUGACACGGAGAUCUCCUUUGACCCUGAAAACCUGAUUACUGGCAUCGAAGUGAUUGAUGAAGGCUGGUGGCGUGGCUAUGGGCCUGAUGGCCACUUUGGCAUGUUCCCUGCCAACUACGUGGAGCUCAUAGAGUGAGGCUGAGGCCUGUCUUUCCUUCCCCACUCAAAUGUGGCUUCCUUGUCCUAAAAGAGGAGGCCCAAGAGUUCAUGUUUGGCACUCUUCCAGGAACUCCAAUGACAAGGUUCCCUCUGAUUUGGGUGGCUUAGGCUCUGUCACCUCAGAUGGCAGCAAUAACCCAUUGACCUCCCACCAAAACGCUUACUGUAUCCUCCAGGCCCUUCUACCAGCCUCUCACUUGACCCUAGUAGGAAUGGGCUCUUGAGCCAAGCUUCACCUGUGGCCAACCCUGGGUGACCUCUGCCCAAGGACAGCAGCACCAGUAAGCUGGGGGGCUCUGAGCAGAGGCACCUGGAGGCCACCUUCUACAUUUGCCUUUUUCUCUUUCCACCUUCUAAGGGGUGGUGGCUGCAGCUGUUCAGAAUGAUCCUUGAGAACCAUGAACCAUUGCUUUCAGCAAAAUCAUGACCAAAGUCAAAGUAGACUGAUGUUUUUGACAGCAGGGAGGUGGCCUUACUAGAGGCUUCCCUGCCUUGCUCAGUUCUAUCCCUAUGUCUGUGCUGUGGAAGAAGGGAUGGGGUGGUGAAGCUCCCACCUCUGGAUAUGUGAAAAAUCAAAGACACACAUAUGCUUUGUGUGGCUCACUUGGUGUCUGGCUUCAGUGUGUACCUCAGCUGAUUUUAGCUUCACAAAAAGAACAGUGGCCUAUGC